UGUGAGCUCAUAUGCAUGAGAAAUCCUGCCCGGGGUAGGAGCCUGUCUUUAAGAACGCCAUUCUCCACCUGAACCGUGACUCCAGCCAGCAUGAGCGAAGCCUGCCUGAGGUCGGGGGAACCUCAGCUGUAAUAGAGAGAAUAAGAUUACAGGUCUAGCAGGAGGAGGAAAGGAGAGGAAACAGAAGUAAAGUCCCUGCUUGCUCCCCAUCUCUGCACUCCUCCUGCGUUCAGUGCCCCACGCUGAGUGCUCGGGCAUUUAUAUGAGGACUGGGGGCCACACGGAGUCAUCCAGCUCACGGCAAAGCGAUCCUUCACUACACCGCGCUGGAAGUCGCCCCCCAUGUGGCCGGCCGGGGUGGGCAGCAGGCAGCCGUGUCCGCGCGACUCCGCGCUGCGCAGGGCUGCCAUCAGCGGGAAUGUGCUCGCGCUGCCGCCACAGCACGUGCCCACGGGCAGGAGCGUGCGCGUCUUCAUCUGCGCCAACCCUGACGAUACGGAGGCAGAGAGAAACGCUCUGAAAGAACACGUCUACCCCAAACUGAGGGACUUCUGUAGGGAGAAUUAUGGCAUUGAGUUCCAGGUGGUGGACCUGUACUGGGGGGUGGACCCAGAAGAGUGGGACAGUCCAGAGCUCCAGAGGCUGCGGAUGAAGCUUCUGGAAGAAUGCCUGAAAACGUCUGCAGGUCCAUGCUUUGUUGGAUUGGUGGGGGAGAAGUAUGGCAGUAUUCGUGUUCCAGGAGAAGUGGAGUCGGCUGAGUUUGAGAUGAUUCUGGAUGCGGCAGUAGAAGCCGGUCUGGACACACGGAUCCUGGAGGAGUGGUACUGCCGGGAUGAAAACUCAGUACCGCCGGCAUACUACCUCAAACCUAAAGCCCAGAUGCUGAAGAACUAUCAGAACUCGAUGGAGUCAAACAGUGCUGCAAAGUCCAAGAAUGAUAAGGCCUGGCGAGCAGUGUCUGAAGAGAUCAAGAAAAUCUUCAGAACAGCAGUGCUACAGCUACAAGAGAAAGGGACCAUGAAGAGUGUCCAGGCCAAGAAGUUCCUCUGCUCAGCGCUGGAGGACGAACUGGACUUUGCUUUAGGAAAGCAGACUCCAGCCUUCCUGAAGAAGUGUGUGUGUUACAUCCGCAAAAUCUCCAACUUCGACCGCUUUGCCAAGCUACCAGAGAUGGCGCGUUACAUGGACAUCAUCACGAGUGGGGAUCGCAUUAUGAGGAACCAGGAGGCCUACGAACGGCUCCUGAAAGUCCGAGACGAGUUUAUCCCGACCGUAGUAGCAGCAUCCAACCUCCGCGUCUAUUCCUCGGUCACCCACUGCGACAUGAAGCUGGGCUAUUCCCAGGAAGUGGAAAGCCACUAUGUGGAAGGCCUAUGUAAGCAGUUCUAUGAAGACAUGGUGGACAUCAUUCAGGCCACAGUGCAGCAAAACUUUGACACCGAAACAGAUCCACUGUAUGACGAAACCAUACAGCACCUCUCGCUCUGCAAGACCUACUCCUCAUUUUAUGUCUACAAGAGUGAGGCCCUGGACAUGGUGCUGGAGUACCUGUACCCCUCCCAAGGAGGGAGGAUAAUGCCCCUAGUGGUGUACGGAGGACCCUGCACUGGGAAGACGCUGCUCCUUGCUGAGGUGGCCAAACAGGCCUACUCCUGUCUUCAGAAAGAAAUGGGUCCAGAAACAGAUCCCGUGGUCAUUGUUCGCUUCAUUGGCUCCUCUGACCUUUCUACAGACCUCCGUAACUUGCUCCAAAGUAUAUGUGAGCAGAUUGCCAUCAACUACAGAUGCUUGAUCCAUUUUCUACCAAACAAGAUCCAGGAGAUGAGGGAAUUGCUGGUUAACCUUCUGGGGGAGUCAUCAUUUCAACGUCCCCUAGUCAUCAUCCUAGAUGCCUUGGAACAGUUGUCAGAUGCAGAUGACGCCCGCAAGCUGUGGUGGCUGCCUAUCCACCUUCCUCGUACCGUCCGCAUUGUGGUAUCAACCCUGCCCAACAAGCAUGGGAUACUACAGAAGUUGCGUUGCCUGAUUCAUGAUGAUGACUGUUAUGUAGAACUGAUGCAAAGGGAUCGCAAAGCAUGUAGCCAGACACUCAAACAACAGCUUCUGAGCGUCAAACGAAAGGUAACCUCAGGGCAACAGAUAUAUGUAAAUGAAGCACUGGCUAAAUGUACUCUGCCCAUGUUUGUCAACCUUAUCUAUCGUGAGGUAGUACACUGGCGGUCACACAAAGACGUUGACGACAAGUCCCUGUGCUCUACAGUGCACGAGAGUAUAGAGCAGCUAUUCUUUUCAAUUGAGAAUAAGCUGGGGUCUCGAUUCGUCUUUCGUGCGCUAGGCUACGUUACGAUGGCUCGUGCUGGGUUGACAGAGGUGGAGCUGGAGGACAUAUUGUCUUUGGACAAUAGUGUACUUGGAGACAUCAUGGUCAGUUCAAAUCUAAAGAGUCCCCUUAGAAUCUCCUAUGAUCUUAUUGCUCAAUUGAAAGAAGAGCUGGAAGGUUACCUGGUGGAGCGACAGGUUCGCAACGUGACCCUGAUGGUGUGGGCAAACCGGCAUCUGCAUCUCAUUGCACAAAAACUGUACCUCAGUAAUGAAGAGGAUGUGCAUCAGAUGCACAGCCUUUUGGCUGAGUACUUCCUUGGAGCAUGGGCAGGUGGCAGGAAGAAGAUCUUCCACUGCGACAACAAUCACUUUGCCUCAUUGAACAUUUCUCAGCACCGAAACCCUCAUCACCAACAGAGCCUUCACGGCCACGACAAAGCUUCUGCGGACAAGCACUCUUACGACCGGCAAACUCCUGAACAACCCUGGGUGUUUCAGUGCAACCUGCUGGACCAAGACAUCUUCUUUGUCAAUCACAGGAAAAUGACAGAAUUGUUGUUUCAUUUGACAAGAAGUGGGCGAACAGAUGACCUUAUGUAUGGUGUAAUCAUGAACUUCAGCUGGCUGUACACCAUGAUAAAAAUUGGGCAGUUUGACAAGGCACUAACAGACAUUGACACGGCUUACACCUACACACAAGAAAAAGAGCUCAAGUUUCUUGCCAGCACACUGCGUAGUAUCAAGAUCAAGGUGAACAAGAACCCUGCAUCACUGUCUGCCGAGCUUCAGCAAAGGCUCCUUCCUGUGGUUACAUCCCUUCCUAAGCUCAGACACCUCUUACUAGAGUGUGACAAGGACGGGCCCAAAUACUGCUCCAUAGUGCCACUGCACUCCUCCAUGGAUGUCACUUACAGUCCAGAGAGACUCCCGCUGUGUACUAGCUACAUGCAAAUUGUGGAGAUUCUGCCCACGCUGGCACCCAACAUUGUAAUCGUUGCUCUAGAGGAUGGCUCAGUCAGUACCUGGGAUGUUGAGAGCAGACAGCUGCUGAGACAGAUUGACACAGCCAGGUCAGUCGUGCUUGGUGUUAAGCUCACCACUGAUGAGAAGUACCUCGUUGUCGCCACCACGAAAAACACACUACUCAUUUAUGACAACCACAAGUCCUGUUUGUUGUCAGAAGUGGAUAUCAAAGGUUCAAAACACUGUGGAAUCACAGGAGGUGUAGCAUUCAUCAACGGAUUUACUUUGUCCAGCCACCAUGCCUUAGCUUGGUUGGAGGCCAGCAAGGAUGUCAAUGUGAUUGACUUGCUCUAUGGCUGGCCCCUGUAUCAGUUCCAUUGCUGGUAUGAAGUAACUUGUGUAGAGUGCUCCCCAGAUGGAAUGUACGCUUUCUGUGGGCAGUACCUAAACACCACUACCAUAUUCCACCUUGGAAGUGGAGAUAAGCUUGCCACAAUGACCUCUGAGUUCUCUGGUGGAUUUGUAAAGUCCAUCCUGGUUCUCGACACAAUCAAUCAGAUGGUGAUGAUUGACAAUGAAGGUAGUCUUUCUGUUUGGAGUACCAAAGAUGUCACAAAUCCCAGGCUUAUGGAGGACUAUGACUGUCGAGGUGAUGACAGUGAGGUGGUAGGGAUAGAACUGUCAGAAGAUCAAAGAUCCAUACUGAUUUGUAAAGCCAGAAGCAUUGAAGUGCUUGACACCAAGCUGUGGAAGAUGGUAGAGAAGUUCAAGGCCAAGCGCACUGAGAAAUUUGUGGCAGCAGUGCUGUCAAAAAAUGGCCAAAGUAUUGUGGCAUCCAUGGAAAACACCUCAUCCAUAUUUGUUUGGAGAAGAGACAGUGGGCAGUGCAUGGCUAGCUUAAUAGAGAUAUCAGGAGCCAUCGUCAAGUUGAUCAAGUCAGUGCAUCAUAACCUGCUCUUGUCUGUAGCUAGCAGUGGGGUUCUCUCAGUUUGGGACAUUGACAUCAUAACAGCAAUGUCAAACAUCGACAAGACAGGAAAGCGGAUCCAAAGUGUCCAGCUUUCAGGCAGGGAAGACUUUGUUUACACAAUGGAUGGUUCGGAAGCCAUUCACAAGUGGAACUUCAGCACAGGUUUCAUUGAGAUGGUGUUCAAGCAUGAAGGGCUUGUGGAGAACUGUGUACUCACCACAUCUGGCGACCUCAUGGUCACAUCUGAUGACAAAUGUAGCCAGUACAUCUGGCAGACAAACACAGGUGACAAUAUCUUCCGGAUUAAUGGCCAAAAGAUAUCCCAACUGCUCAUCACCCAUAAUGACCAAUUUGUAGUUUCCCUAUGUGAACAAAAUGCUUCUCGCGUCUGGAGACUUGCGACUGGACACAAAGUGUGCAACAUCCUAGUAACACUCCAGCAUGCUCUCAUCACCACAGCAAACACAUUCCUGGUCGGCACAAGUAAAAACAAGCUGUUGGCCGUUAGCUUGUGGUCAGGCAGUGUCUCCAAGAAGUUUAUCUGCGAUGAUGGCAUCACAAUCGUAAAUUUUCGGCUAAUUCCAGACAGCCCAGACUAUGUAGUCUUCAUCACUUCAACAGAGACAGUUUUCAUAUGGAGUGUAGCUGACGAGUCUAUCUGCAGAAGGGUGCAGCUACCAAGCAACUUCUUGAAGAAUUUGGAAGACUUCCAAAUCUCACCAAAUGGGAAAUUGGGAAUUGUGUCUAAAGGAGAUGAGAACAUCAAUGUCCUAGACUUGCACAGCGGCAAACUUCGCCUUGUCCAUGCUGCUGGCAUAAUAUGGAGGCAGAAGCUGUCACGAGAUGGACGGUACUUGGUGUACAUCUGUUUCCGCAACUGUGAUGAAGAUGAUGAUGCAGGCGUUGUUUCCAGUUUGAUCGUCAUGCGACUCGCUGAUGGGAAAAGCAUCGGUACCUGUUCUCUCUACAAGACACCAACCUUCUUGUGCCUGUCACAACGAGCACUCAACAUUAUCGUCGGCUUUGAGGAUGGUAGCAUUGGGACUUACACAGUCGUGGACCGUGUGGAUGCAGCCCUCAAAAUCAAGAUCGCCACCUCCAACAGCCGCCAGAUCGUUAACAAUGCCUCACAGAAAGUACGACCCAAGUGUAGCACCAAUGCCUUCAAGACCAUUGCUGAUUGCGUGUGGAGGGAGUCCACUGAGGUCUUCUCUAGAGAUAGCCCCAUCAAUGUCUCAGACAGUGGGGAACCAGAGACGACAACACCCACUAAAAAGACUGAAGUACUGCAGUGAGGUCGCCCUCCUCAGGAUGGUAAGGGUACAGUAUAUGUGAAUGGAAGAAUAUGUGGAUGCAGUUGAUUCUUGUUUACAGCAACCUUGCGACUAGUUCAGUUGCACAAAUCAGUCCUCUGGGUUCCACACAGUUGUUACUACUGGCCAAUUACUAUCAAGCUGCACUCAGCCAAGCCACUUUCAUUCUCUUGUCCCUCAUCAGCUAAUAUGACACAGCAUAUUACAUGUGCAAUUUCUUUUUUCAACAUAGAAAUACUGCAUAGAUUUUUAUAUUGCUCUAUCCAUUCAGAUGGGCUUUAUCAUGUUUUUUCUUAUAUAAAAGAGUAUAAUACAUUUCAGAUGCAUUGUUUAUUUAAAUCAAGCCAUAAAGUUUAUUUAUACAGAAAUACAUAGAAAUGUUAUAUAUUUUUAGCCAUAAACAACAUUUGACAUGUGCUGCCAUUGUUUCUUUGUUUUUGUAAAGUUCAGUCAUAUCUUUUUUUCCUUAAUGUCUUCUGAAACUCUAUAAAAAAAUGAAACUUGUGUACAUGUGUACAUAUCUAUUUUGGCUGCUGCAAUUUGUGCAACUCUUUAACAAUGUUAUGUUGUGCUUAAUGCAAUCAAAGAGAGUGCCUGGAUUUUAAGAAGUUUUUUCUUAUACAGUAAAUACUAAUGACUAAAAAGAUGCAGGGAAUUUGUAAAACAGAACUUGAUCUUGAUACUGAUAUACAUCAAUACAAUAAAACACACUAUGAUGAACAAACAACGAAUAUCUAAUUUGAUUCAUUCAAAACGUGCAGAUCAUCACAACAUUAUAAUUGUUAUUAUUUCAGGAAACAAUAUUACAAAGGCUGUUUAUAGUGUUACGUUGCUGAAUUUAUGGUGUUAAACUGAAAACAAGGAUGAAAGAAUGGACAUUUUUGCAAGCUGAAAAUGUUGCAUAUAUUGGUAGUUGGAUUAAACCAUUACUGAGUAUUGAACAUUUAAGCAUUGUGUGUAGCAUCUCGCCAGGAGUAUCUACGCCUUAAAAAGUGGUGUCAUAAGUUAUGCCAUGUUUUGUUUGUUGCUGUUUUUCAUGUCCCUAGUGAGGUGAAGUGUGAAUGUGUGAUAGUUGAAAAUUAAUACUUUGUAUUUUCACGUAAUAUAUGACUUACAUAGAAACAUACAAAUAUACGUUAUUGAAAAUAAGAUUGCAACAAGCAAGUUUUAGGGAUUGCACUUUAUUUUUGAGCAGUUGUUUACCACAGUUGGCUUAACUCAAAUAUUCAUCUUCAAACUGGUGGUUCGGUAUGGCCUGUGAAGAUUUGCAUUUUGCCUUCAGUUAUGGGUUUAUUCUGGCAUGCAUAACAAAUUUACCAGUCAUGCCCUGUUCAAUCUCCUCCAUAACUCUAAGGGCUAUUCCGACAAAUUGUAUGUUUACCUCUGGAAUUGUUGAGAAAUAGGCCCAUUUACAACUGCUAACCUGUAGCAUUAUUCAGGUUUGCUCAACUUCACCCCUCAAAGUGCAAAUUUUCAAAACUCAGAAAUAUGAUAAUGUACUUUGCCAAAGUUUUCUUUCUUGUGUUAGCUGUUCCUUUAUAUAAAAAAAUAAUAAUAUGAAUUGUGUUAUCAUUUGUGACUUAAUUGAAUGCCAUUUUUUUGGCUUUACUGUACCUCCCGGUGUGACUUACGUUAGUUAUAAUAGAAGAAAUGUAUUACCUUUGCUAAGAAGUUGAAGAAGACGUCCAUAUUGUAUUGGAAUGCUAGUUUUAGAGUAUAUCUGAAUGUGUCACUAUGAGAGCAGUACAUGGUAUAUUGUACGUUAUGUAACUCGAAUGACUUUUAAUUCUAUUCAUGUUUGCAAAACAUAGUUGACAUACUGGUAAUGAAUGUGUUUAUUGUAUUCUUUGUAUAGUCAGGACUGAAAUCCCUGUUUAGAGAUUUAUAUAUUUUCAUAAAUGUUGUACUUACAUUUUGUUACAAAGUUGUUUUCAAAAAAGAAGAAAAAACUUAUGUCUGAAGCAAUAUGAACUAGUGUGUAUGCAUUGUUUGUA